AUGGACAAUGACAUCUCAUUGUGCAACAAGGAAUGUGUCUGGCUAUUUUGUUUUUCAUUUUAUGCUCUGGUGGAACGGAUGGGAGGUCCGCCCGCCAUCGCCACGGGAAGCCGGUUUGUGAAUCUGUUGGCCAUGAGCUGCAACGGCGGCCCCAGACACUUCAGCCUUCACUGCUUGAACCCGGCAAACUUAUUUCGCCCAGCCCGGUCACGGCCAGCGGUUCGAGCAGUUCAUCGACGGCCAGCGGACGCCCCGCUGCCUCCGCCGUCCCUGUCAUUUGACUGGCCCUGCAGGAAGGGCGAACAGGCGUGGAUGAAUUUCAUGGCUUUCGGCCCCGGCCGGGAAAACCUCCUCGCCGUGGACCAAAUCGGCAGGAGCUUCUUGUACAACCACGACUCGCGCUUGCUCCGCACUAGGAUGCCCAAGAUGCGCAAGCCCAUUAUCGACCCCAUCUCCGUUGCCGUGGGCGAUAGCCUAUACGUCAUGAGCGGCAACCCUGGCCGGCUGCCCGAUCGGGACUGCUUCCAGGCUCUCCUCCACACCCGCCUGCCUGCUAGCUACGCCCAAGACUGGUGCUGGUAUUCCCUCCAGCCACCGCCUUUCUUUGCCGACGACGACGACGUGGUGGAUCGAUCCAGCCGCCGCGAUGCCCCAAUGCCCUUUGAAAUCAGUGCCUACGCCGUGGUUGACGAUUCACAGAUCUGGAUAUCCAGAUCUGGCGCCGGCACAUACUCGUAUGACAUCACGAGUGGCGCGUGGAGCAAACUAGGCAACUGGGCACUGCAGUUCAAAGGUCGCGCCGAGUACAUCCCCGAGCACAACCUCUGGUUUGGCAUCACACCCGACGAUUUGCAGCUCUGCACAUCGGACCUCACUGCCUCGUGUGAGUUGAGGCCGCCCGUGCUGCAGGAUGUGUGGACAGACGUGAACAGGCCAGAAGAUUGGACCCUGACAGACGCCAGCAUUGUGCCGCUCGGCUCCAGUCAAGUCUGCGUUGCCAGGUUCUUUCUUACCUACCCAGAGGAGAGCAUUGAGGAUGUGUAUGGCUAUGCCCUUGAGAAAACAGAGAAUUUUGCUGUUCUCGAGGGCGUCAAAUUGUUAAAGGCUGGGUGGGCUCAGCUCCGGAUGGUUAAGCACAAGUCGGAGCGUUACGUCUUCGGCCGUGACCUUGUCAUACCGCUUUGAUAUUUUGUAGUACUUCAUCUAUGCCAAGUGAGCUCUCUUAGAUCAACCGGUGUAGUCUAGUCCCGCGCGGCUGCCUUUAUGGCGUCGAUGGAAUCAAUGCAUGGAAAACGAAACAACGAAACGAGGGCAGUCUGCACGUACUACCAGCGCCUCAAAUCCUAUCCAACCGAAACAAUCAAAAGAAGCGAUCGAAAGAAACCCUCUCCAACUACAGGCGCGUCCAAGCCAAGCGAAACAAAACAAGUCCAGCCGGUCUUCCCUCUUCCGCCCAGCCGCACGUGCACCUUUUUCUUUUUCUUAGAUUGAUUUGAUUUGAGGGAGUGCACGUACACCUCAUACGUACGUACGUGCGUGCUUAGCCUCUUUUAUUCUUCCUAUUUUUCUUUUUUAUAACGCAUCGUAGCUGCUUCGAACCUUCAACCGCAUCACGUCAAAAAAAACCCUUCAACCGCAUCACGUCAAAAAAAAAACUUCAACCGCAUGCACAUGCAUGCAUGCAUGCCGGACUAGGCACGUACACGCAUACACAACUUUUACACGUGCACAUUCGCAAAAAUAAAAGACAGGACUUUUACACAUACACGUAUGUACGUGCUUUUUUAUUUUGCAAUUCACCUAGCUAGACGUGACUGCGCGCACAACACUUGCACAUCGUUCCUGUUAAAAAAAACUUUUGCACGUCCUUCCUGUUAAAAAAAAGAACUUUUGCACGUCGUUCGUGCUCCUAUCCGUCUAUCUCCCUCGUACUACCUCCGGUCCUUUUUAGUAUGCAUACAAGUUUUGUCCGAAGUUGAAAUAUCUCUGCUUUGACCAAACUUAUAGAAAAAAAUUCAACAUUCACAAUGCCAAAUCAAUA